AUGCCUACGCCACUCCCUUCUAGUUUUGCUUCCGCCGCUGCUGGCAACGCCCACGACUCCUCUCGAAGAGGUGAUGGAACUGCCGGUGGAGAUUGGUCUCGAUCUCGUAUGAACGGAGCCACACAGACUUUUCGCCGCCCUUCAGUUGCCAUCAAUCCUUCUCAUAGCCGAGAUACCAGCCAACCCGCAUCUGCUACAACCCCCACCGCCGGCGCCUACUCUCAACAGAUGCCGUCGAAUUACCCAGCCAGCGCGCUUCGCAAUGGGGCGGGCAGUGACACUCGUUACUCCAAAGAACAGCUUCUAAACCUGUACAAAGCUCAGCGGGAAUCGGGGGCUUUGAAUAAGAAUGUUGCAGAUCACUUCGCCGCCGACUGGAAUCCUCGUGCCGACACCUCUCCCGUCAACGGCGCUUGGGGAAGGAGGGAGGAUUCGAAGGAUAAUCCCUCCGGACCUGAGGUCUGUUGGGAUCACGGUGGACAGAUGGAACCGUUAGGAUUGGUGGAUAUGACCGAUGACGAGAAAGAGUUGUUUACUCUCUCGGUCAACUCCCCGCUCAAGCCGCCUCCCACGAACGCUUCCAAAGAAAACGCCGGUACCGGGACAGGAGGACGCAAAUCGUCGAUUUCUUAUUCGCAGGGCCACAUAAACAACUACAACACCGCAUCCCCUAGCUCUGCUCGCCCCGGACCCAGACGUCGAGAGACGGGCGAUUCCACCGGCAAUCCAAUGUCUCCCACCGCCGGCGGAACUCGAUUCUUCCGUGACGAACCGAACACGGCCACCCCGCCUCCGUCCCUGUUACGUCGCAAGACCGAUUUCCGCGACAAUUCAUCCACUUCCCGCUGGGAGGAGAAGGAGAAGGAGUCCGCCAACCGCGAAGGGGGCUCAGAAGUCGCUUCUCCGUUCGGUUCUCUGAAGCGGAGCUCGACAAACCCCCUGAAUGUCGCUCCUGGCGGAGGAAACUCCCCGUGGGGGGCGUCGGCUUCGCACAGCGCGAACUUCUCGCCGAUGGGGGCUUUUGGCGCGUUUUCCUUGGGGACAAACACCGCCCAGACGCCCACUGCGGAAAAGAAGGCCGGAUUUGGGAGUCUGCGCGGCGAGAGUCGUCUGAAGGGCUUGUUCUCCAAGGAUAGCACGGAGGAUAUGUCCGCUUCGAUCAAGGAGAAGACAUCCCUCAGCAGCCUGGAGCGUCUGGCGGAGGGCGAGGGCGAUAAGCGCUCGCAGUCGCCCUGGGGGGAGUCGGUCAAGACGCGCGCCGGCCGGAGUGAAACGAACCCGUUCUCCGAAGAGAUGCGCAGUGGAAGUGCGGCACUCGGCGGGUCUCAGGACGUCAGCAUGCCGUCUCAGGGUGCCCCCGAUCAACUGGGUUUCUCGGCCUUUGGAAUGACCUCUAGCAUCCCCGGCUUUCGGGAGCUGAUGCAGAGCCACGAGAAUUCUCGCAACCCGACGCCCAGCCUGCUCCAGGGCCACGAACCGACGAGCCCGACCAACACCAACCCCUACCAGAGUCCUCAUGGCGAGAGAGGCGGCGGCGUGGGCGUCGGCGGUGAUGUGGAUGACGUGGAGACUGACGGCUCUGACAUCCAGAGCACUCACCACCCCGGACUCACCGGCCUGCGUGACCCGACUAGCGCGUUUGGCUCGAUUCGACGGGUUGGAUCGGGAAUGGACUUGCCCUCGAUUGAUCGCAGCCAAACCUCCAGCGCGGCAGGAAACCGCAACUUCUCCGGGCUGGGAGGACUUGGAGGCUUGUCUUCUCUCGGCGGUCCCGGUGGAUGGCCUACUUCCGGUGCCGUUGGAACUCCGACCCGGGAGAGAUCUGCCUUUGCCGGCGGAUUUGGUGAUCCCAUCUUCGGGUCCAUGGCGGAUCUGCAGUCCCCGAGCCUGUCCAAUCUCGGAGGCGGCGGGCUUUUCAGCCCUCACCCGGGCGGGAUCAGCGCCACGGGCAGCCUUGGCCGCUCCAGCAAGCUUGGAUCUCUCUUCCCGGCUGCCAUGCAGGAGCAGAUGCAAGCGGAACAUCCGGCAAGGCCCGAUCUUGGCAGCCUGGAGGAGAGCAUACGCCAAGCCGAAGCUCAGCAAGCCGACAAGGCUGGGCAAGUGAACGCGUCCACUGCAUCCACUUCGCAAACCCCGGUCUCUGCCGUGGGCUCGAUCCCGCCCUCGAUGACCGCCGACGGGGCUCCGCCGAGUCAGACCCCCGGACCGCCCGGCGGCCUCGGGGUUCCUCCCGCUCAGCAGCGGACUAUGGUCAUGCCUGACCGCAUGCGCUGGAUCUACAGGGACCCGCAAGGCAACAUUCAGGGCCCCUGGACGGGUCUCGAGAUGCAUGACUGGUUCAAGGCCGGAUUCUUCAGCCCUGACUUGCAGAUCAAGAAACUCGAGGACCCUGAGUUUGAGCCUUUGGCGCAGCUGGUGCGACGCAUCGGCAACUCUCGCGAGCCUUUCUUGGUGCCUCAGAUUGGCAUUCCUCAUGGACCGGAACCCAAUUCUACCGGCACUUGGACCACGAGCAAUGCCGGCACCGCGCAGCCUCCGUUCCCCGGCAGCUUCCCCAGCUUCGGCACCACAUUGACUGCUGAGCAGCAGAACGCUUUGGAGCGCCGGAAGCAGGAGGAGCAGUACCUGAUGGCCAGACAGAAGGAACACCUCGCCCAGCAGCAGGCUUUGAUGAAGCAAAUGCAGUUUCAGGGCGUGCCUCAUGGAAUCCAUCCCCAUCAGCUCCAGCAUCACUCGAGCGCCCAUAGUUUGCACAGUCAGCCCAGUUUUGGAAGCAUCGCCUCUCCUGUCGGCUUCCAGCCGUCUCCCAUCCAAGGCCCCAUGCAGCAGCAGCAGCAGCAACCGCCCGUUGGCGGGUUCUUCGAUGCUGCCGCCCCGCUUCGCUCGGGUGCUCUGCCCAACGUCGGUCCUCAGAUGCUCGGAACCGACCUGGGCAGCAGCCAAGACCAGCUUCCUGCUCUGCUUGACCGGUUGAAUGUAAACCGCAACGACCCUUUCGCUUUUGGCAGCCCCGGCUCGUUGACUGCGCGUCAACCCGACAGUCUGUUUCACUCCCAGCAAGUAGCCUCCAUGCUCCAGGACCGAGCCCGAUUGCAGCAGGAACAAGAGCAAUUCGACAGCACUCAAGGCGACAGCCUGUUCGACCAGCAAGCCCGUGAAGACCGACUGCGUCAGUUUCAGGCGUUGAGAGGCCAGGAAAAUGAAUUGGGUCUCCCCACUCACCCCGCCAUGGAAUCUCUGGAAGAUGAAGGCGAGACCUUGACCUCGCAGGACCUUGCCGCCGGCGUGGCCGCUCUCGAAGCUAGUCAGGAGGGCACCGAACCCGUCCUCACUCUGUCCCAGCAGGUACAGAAGGCGGCGUCGGCCCAGAGAGAACAGCAGGAGCAGGAACAGCAGCAGCAACAACAACUCGAGCAGCAGCACCAACAGCAAGAGGAACAGGCUCAGGUUGAGGCAGCAUGGGGUGGAGCUGGUCUUGUUAAGGCUGACUCCGCCAUGCCUCAACCCUUCCCUCCCCCACCUUCGGCUUCGCCGCUGCCAGCUCCCGCUGCGCAGCGCAACCGCCAGAAUGUUGCCGAGUCCCUGGCCGCCAACUCUCGAUCCCAGACUCAAACCCCCGUGGAGGCGCCUACCACUUCGAUCGCGCCCUGGGCCAAGGAGGCCAACGAACUGCCCAAGGGACCGUCGCUGAAGGAGAUUCAAGAGGCGGAGGCUCGCAACGCCGCGCAGAAGGAGGAACUGGUCGCUGCCGCUCGUCGGGCCCAGCUGCUGGCCGAGCAGGAGCGACUCAGUCAGGUUCAGACGCAGGCCGCGCCGGGACUACCUUCCACCGCCAACUGGGCCAGUGCCGGAUCCCCCGCCACUCCUUCGUCUGCCGGAUCCGUGUGGAACAACAAGGGCCAGACUCCGUCCAGCGGUACCGCCAAGAAGACUCUGGCACAGAUUCAAAAGGAAGAGGAGGCUCGCAAGCAGCGUAUGGCUGCUGCCGCUGCCGCCGCUCAGAGUGCCGCGGCUAUGACUGCCAGUGCUGCUUCCCCCACUACUAGCCCCCCCGCGGCGCCUUCCUCCACCGGCAAGCGUUAUGCGGACCUGGCCAGCAAGGCCCCUGCCGCUGUUCCCUCGCCCGUCUCUGCAGCUGCCACGACUGCUGGUGUUGGUGGCAGCGCGUGGACCACAGUUGGCGCAAGCGGUAAGGCCAAGGCGCCGCCCGCCGCCCCGUCCGGCCCGCGGUCGACCAGUGGAGCGACUCCUCUGCCGGCGUCGCCCGCUCGCCCCAAGCCCGCGACGAUGAUCAGCGCUCCCCGGACCGUCACCGUCGGCAGCACACCCCCGGCCAACCCUAACCGCGCCGUGGAGGAGUUCACCAAGUGGGCCAAGCUGACCUUGGGCAAGGGGCUGAACAGCAGCAUCAAUGUCGAUGACUUCGUUCAGCAACUGCUGCUCCUGCCGGCCGAUUCCGAAAUCAUCUCCGACUCGGUGUAUGCCAAUUCGCAGACGCUGGAUGGACGACGCUUCGCGGAGGACUUUAUCCGACGCCGCAAGAUGGCGGACAAGGGCAUUGUGGACCCGACGGUGACCAGCGCAUUGGCGGAACAGAGCACCGGAGGCUGGAGCGAGGUGGCCAAGAAGGGAUCGUCAUCGUCGGCGAACGUGCAGCGCGAGGAGGACAACAGCAGCGCGGCGUUCAAGGUAGUUGCGCCCCGGAAGAAGGGCAAGCGGUAA